UCCUUCGGAAUGGAAUAUUGAGGAUUUUCUAAAGAAUUGUAAAGAGCAGAAAACAACAAGAGCGAAGAUAGGAAUUUACAUUACGUGUUUGAAUAAAAUCCUUAAUGAUGAGAAUGAGGAAAACCAGAGGCGUGAGACAGCACAGAAGUUGCUCAAUAAAUAUCGAACGCCUUUAUGCCGACUCAAUUCUGGUACCACUGGGGCACAGGUGACCUUUAUGCUCGCCUGCUGUUCAAGCCUUUAUGCCGACCUGGGUGAUAAAACUGACCGAAAACUCGCCAAGAAUUGGGAGUUGAAUCGUGAACCGGAGAAAAUACCAUCGUUUAACAUUUACAAUACAUUUUCGGGAGGUACUCAAACGAUUGGAACCGUCAACGACAGAACUUUCAUUACUGGGUCGUCUAAAAGAGAUGAUGAUAAUCAGACUAAGCAAACAAAGCGAGUACUUUUUCAUGAAAAGGGAUCAUCAGGAAAAGGGAGGGAUAUAUUGCCUAAUGGGACGAAAAUUAAAAAGCCAGCUCCUUUGAACCUUAUACCAUCGGAUGAAGACUCCUCUGACGAUGACGAUUCCUCCCAAGUAGAUGACUAUUCCUCUCAAAUAGAUGAUGAUUUCCAUCAAGCAGAUUACUACGAUCAUGAUGAUGAUAGCGAUGAAGAAGACGCACCUACCCCAGAAGAAUCUCUCAAUUCCAAUACAUCCGCCAAUGCGAUGGCUAUUAAAAGGAAGAAAAGAUUAUCAGCCGUAGAGAAAGCAAUAUUGCGCUAUGGCGCAUCACGAAUAAUUGAUUUAUCGGCGCACAUGAAACAAUGGUUUUCUCUCGAAGAUAGAAGAUUCAUGAUGAAAGAUCACAUGUCUUUAUUACAAGUUCCCGACCUGACAGACGAAGAAAGUUCCUUUAUCACAACUAUCGAGAAUAUGGUAAUCGAAAAAAGAAUAAACGAAGCAUACGAAUUUUGCGUUAAAAAGUUUACUAGCUCUGACGCGAACAGCUAUGUGCGCAAGAUCAGCAAAAUAUAUUUAGAUUUAAGCGAAGAUGGUGAUAUGUUGGAUCCUGCACACACUGAGAUUGACAUUAUAUUAAAAGCAUGUUCAUAUAUCGUUGAAGGCCUGAGGAAGAAUCUGGUAGUAAAACAAAGAUGGGGAGAGUCGUUCUGCCCAUUGAGCAGAAACACGGACUAUAAAAAUGGUCGCAAGUGCGACGUGCGCUUCUUAUCACCAUCAGGAGUAGACCUUGGAGAAUGGGAGUUUGCGUCAAAUGCAACACCACAAAAGGCAAUUGGCGACCGUUGUCGAUCAGCUCGUAUUAAUCAGUCGAUAUUAAAUGGUCUGUUGAAUCACAACCUGACCAAUGAACAGGCUAAGAAAAUCAAUGUUCCCUUUUUACAGAUUGCGGGUACGAAUGGGCAGAUGUUAAUUGAGGAUUCAAUUGAGGGUUUCUAUGUUGUCUUUCCAGGUCCAAAGUUCGAGUUACCUACGAAACUUCAACAUAUCGAAAAAUUGAAGUCCUCUAUAAACAUUAUCAAGUCUGUCAUGGAUAUAUAUGAGCAAAUAAGCGAAAUCGUAGAAACUAAAGGAGGUACAAGUAAUGCACUUGACAGUAUUUUUGGUAGUGAUGAUCUUUAUCUGAGUAAACCCGCCCAUUGUAAAGCUGAACUUAUUCAUGAACCGUGGUGGACUCCCAAAAAUAACAAAACCAAACUGACUAUUAGAAUUGCGCAAGCAUUGGAACAAGCAAUUUCAAAUCCGCCUCGAUA